GGAGUCGCGGCGAUCGCGGUCCCGGUUGCCGCAGCUGGGCUCUCUCCUCACAUGGGGCCCCCUCGCUUGCCGCAGCGGCGCGGCGGACCCUCGCCGGGUCGCUGAAGGGCCGGGAGUUGGCCGCGGGUUGGGCCAUGAGAGCCCACGUCGCCCGCAGGCCGUGCUGGCACCGCCGCUCAGGAUCCAACAAGAGUAGAGGAGGCAGCAAAUUACCUAAGAUGUGAGAAGUCCUCCCUUAGCAAAAUAAAACCUUGUUUUCAAAAUGGACCGAAGUAAGCGGAAUUCAAUAGCAGGAUUUCCACCACGCCUGGAGCGCGCUGAAGACUUUGAUGGUGGCACUGGAGGAGAAGGGACUGCAUCCCAGAUAGGAAGAGUUUGUACCUCUUCAUACAGAGCCCUGAUAAGUGCCUUUUCCAGACUUACUCGUCUUGAUGACUUCACAUGUGAGAAAAUUGGCUCUGGUUUCUUCUCUGAGGUGUUCAAGGUAAGGCACAGAACUUCAGACCAGGUGAUGGCUUUGAAGAUGAACACACUGAACAGCAACAGAGCAAACAUGCUGAAAGAGGUUCAACUUAUGAAUAGACUCUCACAUCCGAACAUCUUAAGGUUUAUGGGUGUCUGUGUGCAUCAAGGACAGCUGCACGCACUUACUGAGUACAUCAACUGUGGUAACCUGGAACAACUAUUAGACAGUAACCAGCAUCUGCCCUGGACAGUGAGGGUGAAACUGGCAUAUGACAUUGCUAUGGGAAUCGGCUAUCUUCACUAUAAAGGCAUUUUCCACCGAGACCUUACAUCCAAGAACUGCUUAAUAAAACAUGAUGAGAACGGAUACUCAGCAAUAGUGGGAGACUUUGGUUUAGCAGAGAAAAUUCCUGAUCACAGUGAGAAGUUACCAGUGGUGGGUUCACCCUUUUGGAUGGCACCAGAAGUUCUCAGAGAUGAACCUUACAAUGAAAAGGCGGAUGUGUUCUCCUAUGGUAUAAUUCUUUGUGAGAUUAUAGCAAGAAUACAGGCAGAUCCAGACUAUCUCCCUCGCACAGAGAAUUUUGGAUUAGAUUAUGAUGCCUUCCAGCACAUGGUGGGAGACUGUCCUCCUGACUUCCUCCAGCUGGCCUUCAACUGCUGUAACAUGGAUCCAAAGUUGCGUCCUUCAUUCUCUGAUAUUGUCAAAACACUGGAGGGUAUUUUAAACCGCCUGAGAAAUGAGGACACGGAGAGAGAGAGAAAGUUUUUGAACCUUGACAACAGUGAAAGAAAACCCAAAGGGUCAAUUGAAAAAGGACCAGGAGUAAAACGUUUGAGUUCCCUGGAUGAUAAGAUCCCACCGAAGUCACCCCGUCCACGUCGGAAUAUCUGGUUGUCACGCAGCCAGUCGGAUAUCUUCUCCCGCAAGCCUUCCAGGAAGAUCAAUGUGCAGGACCCCUACUAUACCCCUAACAAAGGGUUAGGCCGGAAAGUGAAUCCCUUCAGUGCCCGGGAGGACCUCAAAGGAGGGAAGAUCAAGUUCUUUGACAUGCCAAGCAAGUCGGUGAUUUCCCUCGUGUUUGACUUACAUUCUCCAGAGGCAGGUGGGAGCCUGAAAGCCAGCCAGUCCCAGUUCCGGCAGGCCUAUAGCACAGACGGGCAAGAAUCCUCCCUUCUUCCUGGGAGGAGAUGCAGAUCACUUCCGCUCUCUCCUGAACUGCCACACAAGGAAUAUGGACUGUUUGGGGGGCUGUCUUCAACUGUCAGCAGAUGUGACCCAAUCCAGCUGGGUGCAGAGGUUCGGCAAAAACUCCUCAGUAGCAGUAAAUAUGGUGUGUCAGAGAUUCCCCCCUUUCAAGCCAAGCCUCACAGGUCAGGAUUUCUUCCUGUACCAGGACAAGAGGAGGAUAUGGACUGUUCAGAUGGGCCAGUGGCCCAGGAGGAGAAUGGGUUUUGCCGUGUUGAGAACGCAUGUGGAGAUCCAGCAUGUAAUCAGCCAUUAGUGCUGGCCCAGCCUGAGCCGCUAUCUUACAAAAAGCUCCCAGUUGAGAAUUCAGUGAACUCUGAGGCACAUGGCUCCUCACAAGUGUUUGCAGGUUGUGUCCCUUCUGAAGAGAUGGAGGUGGAAGAUGACGUGCUGAAAAAUACUCUGCUAGAAUCUACAAAGCCUCUCUUCAGUGUUAGUCCUUCCACUGAACCAAAGAGAGAGGCAUGGCCCUUCAGGGAGCAGGAUGGGGACAGUCCUGCCCUGUUGUCUCAGACAUCCUCCAACAUCUCAGCAAGUGGCAGCACACAGUCAGCUUGUGAUAUAUGAAGAGAGGGCUCAAACUGAACGUGUCCUUGAGGGAACAGUUGUUCCCAGUCACUUAAACUUUUGUUUUUCUGUAGUGCUGGGCUUCACAUUUGAAAGAGACUCAGCAGAUGGUAGAAACUGGCUGUCAAACAGAUAGCUGCAGAUAGUGUCUGGAGAGACUGAUUAUUUUAACUUUAUUUCAAAUUGUGCUUAUUUCCCUUCCCUGAUUUGCACUAGGAGGGGGAACUACUCAAGCCAGAAUGGCCAUGUGGGCUCCACAGUCCUUCCAAGAGGCAGCAGCCAGAGCAGGCACCGUGUAAGCAGUUUUACCUGGAUUCCAGCAUGGAGCAUUUCAAGGCCUUAAGCUCCAUGUUGGGUAGGAAGUUUUUCCCUCUUCUUCUGACUGACCCCCUGCUUUUAGAGCAGAUAUCUACUCUAUCCCUGCAGAUCUUGUAUUAACAUUCUGCAGCAAUGCAUGUGAGUCAGAGCCUGUGUUUUAGAAACAGGCACAGAGAUCUUUCAGAGCUAUGUGGAGCAGAUAGGAAUGCUCUCUGGUCACAGAGAUGCUGUGAAUGCUGUUGCAGUGUUAAACAAGCUCUUCUUUCAAAAGCAGCAAACCCCAAACCCCUCAUGCUGGUUGCAAUCUGCAGGCUGAGUCACAUGACAAGUACUUUGUGAUUGAUAAGAAGAAUCUUUUCCCUGGCAUUUCAUUUUCCCUUGGGAUUUGGUAGUGAUGUGUGUAUGUUAGUGCAGGGAAGCAGGAUGUGGUAAGCACCGCUAUCUUCCUUGUACAGCUCUUCAUGUAUCUCAACCCAAAUGUGGAGGAAGAUUUGCCCAGGGCACAAAAGGAGAGCCAUGUUCCAGACAUUGUCAUUUCUGGGCAUCUGGAGAAAAAGUCCCUGAAAGUACCAGUUGUACAGAGCUUUUGGGUGUGGGCUCUUGCCUCUGAAGAGCUGAAAGGACAUCAUGAUCUGUUUCUGCAGAAUAGUUAGUUAAAUAGAGUAUCUACAUCACAGUUGACUAUUACCACAAAACUGGAAGGGUCACAUUCACCUCCCCCUCAGGUACGACAUCCCAUCUCAUUGAUAAUAUCACUGCAGUAAUGAAGGCUCCUUAUUUAAAACCAGAUUGCUUGAAAGAGGACAGGAAUCCCCUGCUCAGCCAGCAGUGUUGCAGCCACACAAGUGCUCUUGGAGAGGAUAGACAGUAGACUCUCAGAGGGGUUUUGAAUUGUCAAACUGAAGAAAAUUAGCUUGUCCCAAGUUAACCUUUUUUUAAUCCUACAGAAAGAAGCUGUUGUCUUCAUUGGCUUCUCCUGUCACUGAAUAGGAUGAUCCUUUUUAAUUUUUUUACCUUCUUUUUCUUCCCUCCACCAGCAGGUACAUGUGAAAGCAGCAGCAGCAUAAGCUUUAAUGCUGCUUGCUGGAACCAGCAUCAGAGAUACCCGCUCUGGGAUGCGAUGUAUGAGAAGGCUUGGUCUGUGGUGUUGUUUGUGCAGCAUCCUGCCCUUUUAUACUAUCAUUGUCCUAACAAGAUGGACUUUGUUAAUUAUUGUUUUUUUAACCUAUAUUACUAUCAUUCCUAACUGAGGUAUGCAUUGCAUGCCUGCUGAGCAGAUGGUGAUGCAGUGGAGCCCAGAAUUUCACCCAGGUAGCCUGUUACACUCUCUUCCUGCUCACUUGUAAGGAUGGAAAAUGUAAGCUAGUCUCUGAUGGAAGCAAGACUAUUCCUACUCUUCCUACCUUGAAGAUGGAGAAAGCCUUAGUUCUUUAUUGGCCGAGUUGCUUAUCUUCCCAGAGGUGCAGGUAACUAUUCUGAGUUAUGACUUCCUCUUGUGAAGUACGUGUUAACCUGAGCAGCAGUUAUCCCUUGGCAGUGGCUGCAAAGAACUAAAUGAGAAACCCAGGGUUGCUGAGUUACUCAGCACAGGCUAUGCCAGAUUAGGCAGCUGUGAGCAGUGUGAAAGAGAAAAUGCCUGUGCUUUCCAACAUCACCCCUUUUGGCCCACACCUCUCUGCCUCUUGAAGGUGCUGAUCUGUAGAGUAGUCUGUCUUGUGUAUCCUGUCUGCAGAGUGCAGAACAGCUGGUAUGGCUGGCACUGUGUGUGUCUAACUUCCUUUGAGGACAGGGAAACAGUCAGCAGAACUCAAAUUGCCAGCUAGUAGCCUCCCUGGUGCCUGCUUUUUAUUUUUACUUUUUUUUUUUCUUUUUCUCCUCUUUUUAUCUUUUACACAAUUGUAAUCUUUCAGGAGGGAAACCGUCAGCACCAGCUUCUGUUGUCACAAAAUGCAUUUUAGGUGUGUGACUUCAGACAACCAAGCAAUAAUAAGGAAUAGUUUACUUCUGGAUCACCAGGCUGCGAGGAAGCUGUCCAGCACGUUACAACUGCCUGUGGCCUCAUUGGAGAGCACACACACGCUCUGGCUGCUCUGUGGCUUGCAUUAGCCCUGGUUGUCAGCACUGACAGCUCAUCGUGAAGCACAUUGCCCUCUCUUGACACUGACUGCAAAGCUUAUGCAGUCAGGCUUGGGGUACCUCUGUGGCACCCAUCACAGUGACCUCAUCUGUUUUCUUACACCGGAGUCUCUUAAAAUGUUUCCCUGCCCUGAACAGGUCUCUUACAAAGCAGCAUGGCUAACACUUUAUUUUCUUAAGUGUCCACUCUAAGCACAGCCAGCUGACAUGUACGGGGCACAUCUAUCAACUUCUCUAGCUCUUUGUACUGAGGUGGAUGUCAGAAACAUCAAGGAAUAGCAGCUCAGGCCUUUCCUGGAUUCUUGGUCUGCAUGGGAAAAGAGGCUUGUGUAUGAAACUGGAGUAAAAGGCCAUUUAGAACUAGCUAAGUGCUCGCUAAACCCCAGUGUUUCCAAGGGUCUGGAUGCAGUUGGCACCCACUACAUCUCACCCUUGGGUGGUAUAAAGCUGAAUCUAGGUUGCACCUAGUAACUACUCGUAGGUUUUCUGCCUGAGGGUGCUUUUCUACAGGGGGCCAUUUUCUGACAGCUACUGCUGAACAUGAAUAUAAACGUGGUCAGCAAACUCCUUGUUUUAUAGUGAUGUAACAAGUUUUAUUGUGAUUGGAUUUUAUCAUGAUUUCUGACUUUCUUAUAGGAGCGGUUCUUGCUCUUUUAAAACACUUUCUACACAUUGCUAGGUUCCCUGAAGAGAUCAAAGAUGUUUUUAAUUCACUUUAAAUCUUUCUAUAUUGAAUUCAUUUAAAUGUCUGUUAUAAGCUAUUUUUGUGGUGGUUGCAGGUUGAUCAAAUGCAACUGAGAAAAUGCAUGUGAAUUGCUGCCCCUCUAAAGCAGUGCAGACAAGGGGCUGUAGUAGACUUGUUGGGGAGGUAUUGAUGUAUUAUGUGUAACAGAACAUUGGUAUUUUUUGCCAGUACAACUAAAGACACUUGAAUAAUUCCUGUUUGCACUUAAUGCUAUUGUUUAUAUUGCAUGUCACUACAUUUCUAUGCAAAACAAAUAACCUUUUUUUUUUUUUUUGGGAGGAGGGGCAGCCAGAUAUUUGAUUAAGUAUAAAGAUCUUUGCGAGAUGAUCUAUUUUCGUAUUUAUGAAGGAGUUUUACGUCUUAAUAUUUUGCAGUCUGUAAAUAGCUCAACUUGUAAUUAAAGGCUUAGGAAGAAGUUUGUAGCCUGUGUAUAAUAGUAAGUUAACACUGCCAGAAAAAGAAUCUUUGCAAAACAACUUUUCUAAUAUUGCGGAUAUUUAUGAAUAUGUAAAGAAAGCACGUCUUGUUUUUAUGUUGAUUGACCUUUUGACUUUUUUGAACUCUAGAAAUGGUGUAUGUUUCAUUGGAACUGCAAUAAGAAGUAACCAAAGAUGAAUCCAGUUAAAUAUUUUCAUAAUUUUUUUCUUGGUCAGGUUUUGUAAACUUUCCCAACUUGCUUUCAAAAUAAAAAUGAAAUCAAGGCCUGA